AUGAACAAGCCAAAUCAUAGCUCUGUGGCCGAAUUCAUCCUCUUGGGCUUUUCCCAGUUUCCUGAGCUCCAAGAGAUGAUGUUUGGGAUUUUCUUGGUUGUUUAUCUGGUGAUCCUGGUUGGAAAUGCCAUCAUCAUAGUGGUCAUCUUCCUGGACCAGAGCCUCCACAUCCCCAUGUACCUCUUCCUGCAGAACUUAGCUGUGGUGGAGAUGAGUUUCACAGCAGUCAUCAUGCCUGAAAUGCUGGUGGUCCUGUCCACUAAGAAAACCACAAUUUCUUUUGUUGGCUGUUUUGCACAGAUGUAUUUUUUUGUUACUUUUGGUAUAACUGAAUGCUUUCUCCUGGGGGCCAUGGCCUAUGACCGAUUUGCUGCAAUAUGUCAUCCUCUGACCUACCCAGCUGUUAUGAACAAAAGUCUUCUUGUGAAGUUACUAAUAUUCUCCUGGAUGUCAGGGAUUAUGGUGGCUACUGUGCAGACAACGUGGGUGUUUAGUUUUCCUUUUUGUGACCACAGUGAAAUCAAUCAUCUGUUUUGUGAGACUCCUCCAGUGCUGGAGCUUGUAUGUGCAGACACAUUUUUGUUUGAAAUGUACAGUUUUACAGGCACAAUAUUCAUUAUUGUGGUUCCUUUUUUACUGAUCCUCUUGUCUUACAUUCGAAUUCUCUUUGCCAUCCUGAAGAUGCCAUCAACUACCGGGAGGCAGAAGGCCUUUUCCACCUGUGCCUCUCACCUCAUGUCAGUCACCCUGUUCUAUGGCACGGCCAGUAUGACUUAUUUACAACCCAAAGCCAGCUACUCCCCGGAGACCAAGAAACUCAUGUCGCUGGCUUACUCUCUGCUCACACCUCUGCUGAAUCCACUUAUCUACAGCUUGCGAAACAAUGAGAUGAAAAAGGCUCUGAUAAAACUGAGGCGAAGAAAAGUGGUUUUACAUACAGACUGA